AUGAUUACCAUCGCUCCUGCUGCUCUAGUCUGCCUGACAGCCUUCGCGGCUGCCAAUCCAGUCCCACAAAGUAACCCAACCGCCAGCUACGAUGUCCUUGUAAACUUUGACGACCUGCCUAACGGAGCCAUUCAAAAUCCCUACCAACAUUUGACCUGGUCGAGUCUUUCUGUCGGCGCAUACAAUGAGGCCCUAAGCCCGGUAUCGCCACCCAAUAACGCGGUCUCUGAGGUCUCAGUCAGCGAUAGCGAUCCUCACACCAUCCUCAGCAUUGGAGGGACCGAAACUACAUCUUUUGAUCUCAACUCCUUCUCUGCUGCUCUGGUCGCUCCCGUCGGACGCGGCGGUCGUGAUGUCGCUGUGUCAGGAAAGUUUUUCCUGUCAGCCCUCACUACAGGAGGAUUUGGCCAUACCGAUGGUUACGAAUCGUACACGGCAUCAGGACCACAGGGAUCUGCACUACAGACAUAUGGAUCUUUCAAAUACGUGACGAGUCCUGGCGUAAUGGCACCCCCCAAAAGCAAGGAGAGCGACGUUGUCUUCGCCCUUUCAGGAAAAUGGAUCAGUUGGAUUCACACCGUUGUUGCGUACUGCGCGUUUUUUGGGGCGUUGAUUGUGGGCAUGUCCCUACACUAUCAAAAGAUUGUGCAGAAUGAGUACUACGGCUACCCUCAAGAAUGGUUUCCCUCCGUUUCAAGCACCAUUGGUGACCGCUACCCCGAACGCGCGGUCUUCCAAGUCUUCAUCGCUAUAACCUCUGGCCCACGUUUCGCCUUAGUCUUCCUGUACUACCUCCUCACUGCACGACCGAACACUACCCUUCCUAAAGUCAUCCUCGGGGUUGGGAUCUUCAGAACUUUGACGUGCGGUGGAUGGACAUAUGUUACAUCUACGGAUGACCACGGCUGGCAUGACAUUUUCAUGAUAUCCUAUCUUGUGGCGACACUGCCCUGGACGUUGGGUUGCAUAGCGCUCAGUCCGAAAGCAAACCCGAACUCGCUGAAGUGGAGAAAGAGGCUAGCGACGGCGUUCUUCAGCACAUUGGUACCCUUGAUAUACUACUUCAUACAGCACAAGGUACAUAGAGUGGCAGGAGCAUAUACGACCUACUCCUUCUUUGAGUGGUCUCUGAUUCUACUGGAUGUCGGAUUUGAUGCGGUGACAGCACUCGAUUUCGAAGGAUUCGAGCUAGCUGUGAGGGAUGUGCAAGGUGCAAGCAGAGGUAAAAGCCAGCAAGUCUCAGAUGCAGUAAUUGAGAAGGAAAAAGACAAGCCAAUCGGCCAAGCAUUUGGUUCCGAAUUUGCUGUCGGUGAAGCCAUUGAUGCCGUCGCGGAUGUUUACAAUGGCUUUGUUUUCUGGACAUUGCUCACUUCUCUCGGCGUGACGGUCUGGUACUUCCCGUUAUGGCAUAUGGGUAUCUCUGGCUACGAAGUUGCGGUCAUGUCCUCGGUCUCACCAUUUUUCCUCUGCUCUAAAUCCUAUCGAUCAGCUAUCAUCAAAUACCUUCGCUACAUCCAUCUAGCCUCACUUUCUGGACUUCUUGCCUAUUUAGUGGUCAAACCCGAGAUUAGAUUGUUGAUCGUUAGCUUUGCGGUCUCCUCAACGUGCCUGGCUUGGUCAGCAACUUUUUAUGCUGAGCGUUCAUCACCUGUCCGACUUGAAGCUCGAGCACUAGCGUGGAGCUUGGGGUUGAUUCUGUCAAGUCUCGCAAAGUUUGCAAAUCAUACGAGCAAUCCGUUGUGGCCAAUUGUCAAUGCAGACAAUGGAGGCUGGAACAAAUUAGGAUUUGGUCUGGCAGUCGCUGCAGUGCUUCGAUCGACCAGACGUACAGCUGACAACAGAGGCGGGUUUGAAGUGACUGGUGGACCCGUGAAGUCUCCGACCGCUGCUGCUCUUGGCCUUGCCGGCCUUUUCUUUGGCCUUCAUUCUUUGCUUUCAGACUCUAGUACAAUGAUUUAUUGGGUCUGGGAAGGGUUUCCUGUCAGAGGACCUAUUGCUGCACAUGGUGUCAUCACUUUGCUCAUCAUGGGGGCUGGCGUGAUACAUUAUUUGUACUUCCAGGAAAGGGCCGCAAAUUGGAUCAGCUUUGGCAUUCUUGGAAUGGGGGCGUUUCUGUUGACUAACUUCAAAUUCUGGACUGGCUAUCUAGGUGCUGCGUUCUUGGCUCUAGAGCUACUAUCACUGAGUCCACCGCUCAUUGCAUCAGCUGCCCGUCAUGGGCCAGUGGUCUUUGGGCUAGGCUUCCUGAUCUACAAUAUCUUGGUCCUCGCUCACGUUUGGGUCGUCGCCUACGCUUUCGUCCCCGGAGGCCCACUGAUGCGGGAGCAUACAGACUGGGUCAUGACGGCGAUGGCGUUGUUCGUUGGGGCUGGUGUAUUUGCUGUGCCCAAACCCACCCCAUCUUCCAAGACACCCAGAAAGCCAAACACAAGAGCAUCCAAUAGACUAAGGUCGUAUUACGUCUACAUCCUUGCUGCAUUGGAACUACUCGCCGUAUCGGUCUCCUACCUACGAUUUCCUACAAAUGACUUCGUACCCUACCACAAAGAGGACAAGGUGAUCACUGCGGGCAUCUGGACCGUCCACUUUUCUCUCGAUAACGAUAUGUGGUCAUCCGAACGUCGUAUACGUGAUCUCAUCAAGGAGCUCGAAAUAGAUGUUAUUGGACUCCUGGAAUCGGACCUGCAGAGGAUCAUCAUGGGUAACCGUGACACGGCACAAUAUUUGGCGGAAGAUCUCGGCAUGUAUCUGGACGCUGGGCCUGGUCCCAACAAGCACACAUGGGGUGCAGCUCUUCUGUCCAAAUUCCCCAUCCUCAAUUCCACUCAUCACUUGCUCCCAUCACCUGUAGGCGAGCUAGCGCCAGCGAUACACGCAACGCUCGACGCGUACGGGGAGCAUGUGGACGUUGUGGUAUUCCACUCCGGGCAAGAAGAAGACCCUGAGGACCGCCGCUUGCAGUCGGAGUACCUGUCGAAGCUGAUGAAGGAAUGCCCGAGGCCUCUGAUUCUUCUGAGCUACCUAGUGAUCAAGCCUGGAGAGGGCAAUUAUCAUACAUAUGUCGGCGAGAAAAGCGGGAUGCGAGAUAUCGAUUCGACGGAUUGGGACCGCUGGUGUGAGUACAUCCUUUACAAAGGUCUGAAGCGAUCGGGGUACGCUCGGGUGAGCCGGUCGACGAUCACAGAUACCGAGUUGCAGGUUGGCAAAUUCGUGGUAGGGCAACCCGAAGGCACGGAUGAGCAGAUAGCAGAGGAUGCAGUGGACGGGGGUCUACGCUUCCCGGCCAUGUUCCGAGGCGAAGGCAGACGAGGGCAUGCGUAUCAUGUGUUCAACGAACCUCGCUAUUAUAGUUGA